AUGGGGUCCGACGAGAAGCCUCCUUCCACCUACCGCUACAACGAGAAGCCGACUUACACCACAUCCAAUGGCGCUCCGGUCAGCAGUGUGAAGCAGUGGCAGCGCCCUGGUCCCAGCGGACCUCUUCUGCUCCAGGACUUCCAUCUGAUUGAUUUGCUCGCUCACUUCGACCGCGAGCGUAUUCCUGAGCGCGUUGUACACGCCAAGGGUGCGGGUGCUUAUGGCGAGUUCGAGGUUACCCACGACAUUAGCGACAUCACUUCAAUCAACAUGCUCAGCGAAGUCGGAAAGAAGACCAAGACUCUUGUUCGUUUCUCGACCGUCGGUGGCGAGAAGGGUUCUGCCGAUUCUGCGCGUGACCCGCGAGGUUUCGCCCUGAAGUUCUACACUGAGGAGGGCAACUGGGAUUGGGUUUACAACAACACGCCCAUCUUCUUCAUUCGCGACCCCAGUCUUUUCCCGGUCUUUAUCCACACUCAGAAGCGCCACCCGCAGACUAACCUCAAAGAUGCGACUAUGUGGGACUACUGGGUAAACAACCAGGAGUGCAUUCAUCAACUGAUGCAUUUGUUCUCUGAUCGCGGAACUCCUUACUCAUACCGCCACAUGAACGGUUACUCCGGCCACACGCACAAGUGGACCAAGCCCGACGGCUCCUUCGUUUACGUUCAGAUUCACCUCAAGACCGACCAAGGAAACAAGACUUUCACCAACGAGGAGGCUGGCAAGCUGGCCUCCGAGAACCCCGACUGGCACACCCAGGACCUGUUCGAGUCCAUCCAGAAGGGCAAAUACCCCAGCUGGACGGUCUACGUUCAGACCCUGACCCCUGAGCAGGCCGAGAAGUUCAAGUGGAACAUCUUUGACCUCACCAAGGUCUGGCCUCAGAGCGAGGUGCCCCUGAGGCCCUUCGGCAAGCUCACCCUCAACAAGAACCCCGAGAACUACUUCGCCGAGAUCGAACAGGCCGCCUUUUCGCCCUCUCACUUGGUUCCUGGUGUCGAGCCCUCUGCCGACCCCGUUCUGCAGUCCCGUCUGUUCUCAUACCCCGAUACCCACCGUCACCGCCUCGGUGUGAACUACCAGCAGAUUCCCGCCAACAAGCCCCUCAACGCUUUCAACCCCUUCCAGAGGGACGGCGCCAUGCAGGUCGAUGGUAACUACGGCGCGAACCCUAACUACCCCUCUACUUUCCGCCCCCUGAACUACAAGGCCGUCAAGGCCUCCAACCCCCACGAGCAGUGGGCUGGCAAGGUCGUCGAAGACCUCUUCGGCCCCGUCACCGAGCAGGACUACGAGCAGGCCAACGGUCUCUGGAAGGUCCUGGGCCGCCAGGAGGGCCAGCAGGCCAACUUCAUCAAGAACGUUUCCGGCGCUCUGGCCGGAGCCGUCCCCGAGGUCCGCGCCAAGGCCUACGAGAUGUUCUCCAGGGUCAACACCGAGCUUGGCGGUGCCAUCAUGAAGGAGACCGAGAAGAUUGCUAAGCCCGAGGAGCCUCGCGCGAAGUUGUGA